AUGUCUCUGCCACGCACACUUGGGGAGUUGCAGCUCUAUCGGGUGCUGCAAAGGGCCAACCUGCUGGCCUAUUAUGAAACCUUCAUCCAGCAGGGUGGCGACGAUGUGCAGCAGCUCUGUGAGGCAGCGGAGGAGGAGUUCCUGGAGAUCAUGGCACUAGUUGGCAUGGCCACCAAGCCACUGCAUGUGCGUAGGCUGCAGAAGGCCCUACGAGACUGGGCGGCGAACCCUGCCCUUUUCAGCCAGCCUGUCUCAAAUGUUCCUCUCGGGGGCAUCCCAUUGUUCAAAGUUGAUGGGACGGGCACAAGUGGGCCCAGGAAGUCUGUGAGCAACGGCCAGCCGGGGUCACCGUGUGAAAAAGAGGAUCGGGCGUGUCUUACUCCAAUGCACAGUGGUAGUCCAAGAAGCCCUUGCUCCCAGGCCUCCCCACAGCCGCCAGACACACACUACAGGGAAAAACUGUCACCCAUGGACCCACACUGGCUCAGCCCAGAUUCUGAUGGGAACUGCACUUUGGCCUCUGCAUCUGGAAUAGAGGAGGAGCCGCCUAGCCCUCCUCUGCUGUCAACAUGUCCUCCCGGUCCCUCCACAUCUCCAAGUUCCUCGGCUUCUUUUGCACCAGCAGCUCUGUCAGCCUGGCCCGGAGGACAGCUGGACGCGGAGACAGCCCGGGCGGUGGUGGAGACAGUGGAGAGACUCCUCAGGACCCUGCCCAGGUCAGAUCCUGCAGAGGUGAAGAGUCUCUUGAGGUUGAACAAGAAGAUGGCAAAGACUGUGGGGCAUAUCUUCAAAAUGGGAUCACAGGAUGUGAACAAAGAAGAGGAGAUCCGAAAAUACAGUCUGAUUUAUGGACGCUUUGACUCCAAGCGGAGAGAAGGCAAGCAGCUCACACAUCAUGAGUUGAUCAUCAAUGAGGCUGCAGCUCAGUUCUGUAUGCGAGACAAUGUCCUUUUACUGAGACGGGUAGAGCUCUUUUCUUUGGCUCGGCAGGUGGCAAGAAAAUGUGCCUACACCUCCACACUAAAGCAUGCAAGGUCAAAUGCCGAUGAGAACAGCGUACUGUCCCUGAAGAGAGCGAGACAUGAGGUUAUUGUGCCUGAGAGUGUCUCAUCACUUCUCGGAGUGGAGGGCUCAGAGGCCUUGACUCAGAGAGCAGAUGAUGACAGCUUAUCCGCAGAAAGCCUGGAUAGUGGAUCACAUGACAUUGGCUCACAGUGCAACCAGUCUCCAUCUCCCCGCCCUCCCACUGACACCUCCAACCCAGCCAACUGGAGUCGCCAUCUCAUACAGCAAACGCUAAUGGACGAAGGGCUGCGAUUGGCCCGGAUGGUGUCACAUGAUCGGGCUGGCAAACUCAGCUUAGGGUCAGAAGGAACUCACUCCACAGACCAUGACAUCAAAGUAGAGAGGCGGAGCUCGAUAGCAGUGUGCAGGAGCAGCAGCCCUUGCAUCACCAAAGAUGACUCCAACCAGCGGGGGAAAUGA